CUCUCCCUCACAAACAGAACCCACUGGGAAACAAUGGCAUUUUUGGUUCCAGAUGUUGGUCCCUACUCAAUCUGGGUUGCUCACUUUGCUGCUAUGGGCUUGAAGUGUUUGCCAGUGUUUUUGUACAUAGUUCCCUUUGGGUGCAUCUAGGCCUGGACAAUAAUUCAAUAUCAAUAUAUAUCGCGAUAUAAAUUUUUUCAAUAACGGUGAUACGAUUUUUAAACACAUUUCCGAUAUUUCGAUAUACAUUAAAACAUUUGUCACUGACUGACGUUCAGGGCGCAGGAGUCAGUUCGUUGUAUUGAAGCCGAGGAGAACGAGCAGAACACAAUUAGCUACGUGCGUGAUGACGAAAACCACAGGCACGCAGCCAGCGCUCGGCAGUGUUACGCUAAGCUCCAACACGGCAAGUUUUAGCUAUAAAAUGAGUACCCCUGACCGCAAUACAAAUGCGACUGAGCGAGCUUCCACAAGUGAAGAGAAAGUAGACGAAAUAGUCGAUAAGAGAGGAAAGACUAAUUCAGUGGUAUGGAAGUGGUUUGGCUAUCUAAGCUCUGAUAAACUUCAGGUUUCAGUGCGCUGCAAAAUGUGUCGGAGAGUGGUGCCGACUAGCAGCGGGAACACAUCAAAUCUGUUCCACCAUCUGAAGCAGUUCCACCCGAUAGAAUAUUCUGAGAGUCAGAAGAUGAGGCAUCAUAAAGGUUUAAGCCAACCUGUCUCUGAAAUAUCACCGCGACCCACAUCCCCAUCACCAGCUGUGUCAAAAGAGAAACCGAUGCAGCAAACGCGGAUCGCUGCAUUCAUGCCUCAGGACAAACAGUCUAAACGAUAUAAAGACCAUUACUAAAGCUGUCACGAACUCUUUGGCUAAGGACAUGAUGCCGUUUAGUACGGUAGAAAACGUGAGCUUCAGGAAAAUGAUGUCCGUCAUCGACCCCAGAUACGAGCUCCCUGGCCGGAAAUAUUUUUCGCGCACAGCUAUACCUACACUUUACGGUGAAGUUAGGGAAAGGGUGCAGGAGCAACUUAAGUCAGGGUCAUAUUUUGCGACCACAGCUGACCUGUGGUCAAGCCGAACCUCGGAACCAUACUUGAGCCUGACGGUCCACUUUAUUGACCAAGAUUGGAAGCUUGUCAGCUUAUGCCUCCAGACGGUUUACUUUCCCGAGGAUCACACGGGCGAAGCAAUUGCAGCCGGACCUACGGACGCACUCGCCUCCUGGGGAUUCAGCGAGGACCAUCAGGUCUGCAUCACCACAGAUAGCGGGACCAAUAUCAUCAAAGCCGCUGAGUUGAACAGAUGGACAAGGCUACAAUGCUUCGGGCACCGACUGAACUCCGCUAUUGAGAUAGUUCACCAAGACAAGCGAGUGGACAGAAACCUGUAGAGUCUGUCAUAGGGUGUCAUCAACCCCCAACAAUGUCCCGGCCCCAGCAACGUGCAGUUGUUAUUGCUCACACUUGCUGUUUUCUUCAGCAACUCUGAGCAUUUUUCUUCUUUUUUUUUAUCCUGGCUGAAGCACUUUAAUUUCAGUCUAUAAGAAAAAAAUAAUCAGCCUAUGUUGUAGUUUAAAGUGAAAGAUAUUAAUAUUGACAAAGGUGAGUGUUUUAUGUUUAUUUGACGGUGAUUUCACAUUUCUUGUUUGUAUGAAAGUUGAAUUCAAAUAAAAGGUGAAUGUUCAUUUAUUUAUGCCAUUUUCAUUUCUAAAUUAUUAUAUAGUUUUAUAGGAGGAGAAGUUUACAGAAGUUUGAAGGUACAGACAUCUGUUGUGGGCGUCCUUGGCAGUUUUUCUGAGGAUUUAUAUUGUUCAUAUCGAUAUCGGAAUUAUAUCGCAUCGACUGAAAUUAAGAAAUAUAUCGUGAUAUACAUUUUGGCCAUAUCGUCCAGCCCUAGGUGCAUCACCUACUGUAAACCUGUUAAAUAUCCUGCAGAAAUAGUGAAGGGUAACAGUGUUUAGGUUCAUUCUGAGCGUUAUACAGCACAAUGCAGUUUCUACACAAGCAUUUCCCAACAUCAUGUGAUCUGCGGUCAGAAGUGCGGUUUUGUAUAUGUUCCGUAGUCAGCAUGUGAGGAUAUUGCACUACCAGUGAAACCAUGGUGACCGGCAGUAAACUAAAGACAGGAACGCCUAUUAGUAACCAGCGUCGAGCGAUUUGAGCAACAAAAAUCACUGCUGGUAUGAGUGCGGUAUCAGAGAGACUGGACUACCAGAUCAUAUCGUUUACAUUUACUUAUUAAACUGCUUACAAUCACAUUUAAGCUCCUCGUUCAUUAUUCUCCCUGGAAGAAGGAAAGAAGAAACAAGUCUCUCAAACUUGCGUUUCAACCACUUCCACAUAAAUUACAACCCCUUUAUCCACCCAAUCUCAGUUCCUCUCCAUGCUCCACCUCUGUGUUAAAGAUGCUGUUUUUGUAAGGAUCUUGGCAAGCUUUUUAAAAUGUUUGUUCCAAAUUCCUCAGGGGCAUGCGAGAGAGAGAGACAGAAAGAAAGAAAGAAAGAGAGAGAGAGAGAGAGAGAGAGAGAGAGAGAGAGAGAGAGAGAGAGAGAGAGACACACAGACAGACAGAGAGAGAGAGAGAGAGAGAGAGAGAGA